GCGCCCGUGCCCCUCCGCCCCCGCUGCCUCCGCCCGCGGCCCCCGUCGGGCUUUGCACGGCCAAAAGUUAAAAUGUGUGGUGAUGGUGUCCCAGAUCAUUGGCGUAUUGGGGAGAAAUGCCUUGCCCCUUGUUUUGAAAAUGGAAAACUUCAUGAAGGAACAAUAACUUCUCUUGAAAAGGACAAGAAUGGAAAAUCAUUUGCUGUUGUAUCAUUCUUGGAGUCUGAAGAAAGGAAAAUACUAAUAACAAAACUUUGUAAAGUCAAAGACAGUAGAGGAUCCUGGAAAAGCUUAAUAUUUGAUGAAGGUGAUCUGGAAAAGCCAUAUUUUCCUGACCAAAAUCUUCCAUCUCCUGGAGUUGCUUUUAAAUUAUCUGACAAUGGCGAUUUUAUCCCGUAUACAAUUAACAGAUACCUGCGUGAUUAUCAAAGGGAAGGAGCCCAGUUUCUGUAUAGACACUAUGCUAAUAAAAGAGGGUGUAUUCUUGGAGAUGAUAUGGGCCUUGGAAAGACAAUACAGGUCAUUUCAUUUUUGGCUGCAGUAUUGCACAAAAAGGGAACACGUGAGGAUAUUGAAAAUAAUAUGCCGGAGUUUUUGCUGCGGACAAUGAAAAAGGGCUCAGAUUGUAACCCCAAGAAGACUUUCCUCAUAGUGGCCCCUCUUUCAGUGCUGUACAACUGGAAGGAUGAGUUAGACACAUGGGGCUACUUUAAAGUCUCUGUCUUACAUGGCAGUAAAAAAGAUGAUGACCUGAGUCGCAUCAAGCAAGGGAAAUUUGAAGUUGCUCUUACAACAUAUGAGAUGCUUCGCCUAUAUUUGGAUGAAUUUAACAGUAUAGAGUGGUCUGCUGUGAUAGUGGAUGAAGCACACAGAAUCAAGAAUCCAAAGGCUCAAAUAACUCAAACCAUGAAGUCAUUAAAAUGCCAUGUUCGCAUAGGUCUUACUGGAACCAUUCUUCAAAACAAUAUGAAGGAACUUUGGUGUGUUAUGGACUGGGCUGUACCAGGACUUUUAGGUAGCAGAGUGCAUUUCAAGAAGAAAUUUUCUGAUCCAGUGGAGCAUGGCCAGAGGCACACUGCAACUAAAAGAGAGCUAGCAACAGGUCGUAAGGCCAUGGUGAAGCUAGCAAGAACAAUGUCUGGCUGGUUUCUGAGACGUACCAAAGCGCUUAUCAGUGAUCAGUUGCCGAAAAAGGAAGACAGAAUGGUGUUUUGUUCCCUCACUGAAUUCCAGAGGGCUGUGUACCAAGCUGUGCUAGAGACAGAUGAUGUAACCUUGGUGUUAAGAGCGGGAGAGCCCUGUAGCUGCAACAGUGGCCGUAAGAGGAAGAACUGUUGUUACAAAGUAAAUGCACAUGGUGAAACGAUUAAGUCAUUACGCUUCAGUUACCUAAUGAUCCUACAGAAGGUUGCAAACCAUGCUGCACUGCUGCAGACAGACAACACUAGCAAACUGCAGGAAGCGCAUAUCAAACGAGUUUGCAGCCAGGUAUUUUCCAGUUUUCCAGAUUUUGUGCAGUUAAGCAAAGAUGCAGCCUUUGAAACUAUUUCAGAUCCAAAAUAUAGUGGAAAAAUGAAGGUCCUUCAGCAGCUUUUAAAUCACUUCCGAAAAAAUAAGGAUAAAGUUCUUCUUUUCUCCUUUUCCACAAAGUUGCUUGAUGUGCUAGAACAGUACUGCAUGGCAUCUGGGCUAGAUUACCGAAGACUUGAUGGAAAUACAAAAUCAGAAGAUAGGAUCAAAAUAGUGAGAGAGUUCAACAGCCUUCAGGAAAUUAACUUAUGUCUUGUAUCUACAAUGGCUGGUGGACUGGGUCUUAAUUUUGUUGGUGCCAAUGUUGUUAUACUGUUUGAUCCUACAUGGAAUCCAGCAAAUGAUCUUCAAGCAAUUGACAGAGCUUAUAGAAUUGGCCAACACAGAGCUGUUAAAGUGUUUAGAUUGAUAUCCUUGGGAACUGUGGAAGAGAUGAUGUACUUGCGACAAGUUUAUAAGCAGCAACUUCACUGUGCAGUGAUUGGAACUGAAAAUGCCAGGCGGUAUUUUGAGGCAGUGCAAGGAUCAAAGGAACAUCAAGGAGAGCUUUUUGGGAUUCAUAACCUUUUCAAACUUAGGACUCAUGGGUCCUGUCUUACCAAAGACAUACUGGAGAGGGAAGGACGGGUAGAAGCAGGAGUCAUGACAGCAACUACAUGGCUGAAGGAAGAGAAUCAUUCGUGCAGCUCAGAAAAGUAUGAACAACCAGACUGUCAAGAAGAUGGAGAUCCCCAAAACAUUCAGGCGCACUUAAAAAGAGAAGAAACUGAUUUUUGGGAUGAUUUGAGUGAUGAUGAUAUUCUGGAGAGUUCUGUGAAAAAAUCUGACAGAAGGAAGCCAUGCAAUGAAAAUGUAACAAAAGGACAGCUUUCCUUAAUGCAGUGUGGAUUCUCUAAGUUGUUGCAGAGAGAAAUUGAGACUACUAGAGAAGGGGAUCACAAUUAUGACUCUAAUCAUUCAAGUUCUGAUGCUCACACUAUAAGAAAAAAUGUAAAUAGCAAGCAUGAUGGUUUUCAGAAAUGUCAAACCAGUGUGCCUGUUUUGGAGCAUGGGAAAGGUGUUCUGUCUCCAAAUGGAAGUGAUAAAGAAAGUAUGCAUAGUACAGAGUGGCUUGGUUUAUCAGGCUCUGAGGAGGAAGGCAACAUAAAAAAUGAGAAUCAAAGCAUUUUAAAGCAAUGUGACAUAGUCAUGGAAACUGAAAGUAGUUCUGAAGCAGAUGAUGAUGUCAUCUUUCCUACCCAAGUUCAAGUGUGCCAGCAACCAGUGCUUACUAAAGAAAUUGAAAUACAUAGGUCAACAUCUGAAAAUUGUGAAGAGUUAGCAAAAGAGAAAGCUGGGUUUGUAUUUAAGGGAAACAGUAGACAAUUUGGAUUCCACAGUAAUGAGUCAAACUUCGCCAUGUCUUUUGAAGAUGUCAAGAAUGACAUAGAUUUGAAAGGAACGAGUGAUGUAAGCGAUGAGUCUGAUGAUAUUGAACUUCCCCAUAAUUCUGAAUCAAGUUUUCCCAAGUGGAAGAAAUCUCUACCACAAGCAAAGAAGCCCUGUAGAAAAGGAAGGGAAAGUGAUUCCCAGAAUAUAGAUGAAUUCUCAUCCUCUGAAGAUAAUUUUCCAGUUGAGAAAAUUCAUGCCAGGAAGAAAAGCUAUAGGAGUAAACAGAGUAGUAGAAUUCAGUUUGGGUCUAAAAUGCUGUGUCCUAUUCAAGACAUGUCUGUUGCACAAAUGAAGUCAGGCAAUUAUGCUGUGCAUAGCACUUACGCAAGUAAAACUGUAUUUGAGCAUCAAGAAGAAAGAAUGGAAUCAAUGGACAAAUAUUUAGAUGGCGUUCAAGAAGUGGCAUAUAUUCAUUCAAAUCAGAAUGUGGUUGGAUCCAGCAAGGCUGAAAAUCACUUGAGCCGAUGGGCGGUGCACGAUGUGUUUGAGUUGAAGCAGUUUUCCCAGCUGCCUGCUAAUGUAGCUGUCUGUAGUGCCAAGGUUCCAUAACAAUCCUGGAUUCAAGACUGCAGAGCCUUUUACAUUUCUUUCCCCAGAGCUGACAGGGAGUGUAGUCACAUUGUCUAUAUAAGGUUUUUAAAUUAAUUUUGCCAACUGACUAGUUUAGCUACAAUGUUCACAUUUAUACUACUGAGUGCUUGUUUGGUCUGUAUUUCUGUAAGUAGUGUAUGACUCUGAAAGACACAGUUUGGUAGCAGCAACCAGAAUAUAAAGUAUGCCAUCAAGAAACAUAAACAAGACAUCAUGAUACCUCUCUCACAACUUAGCAGCUGUGAAAGGUGAGAUAAAAUCCAGAAGUAAUAAAUGUAACAGUGUAAACUAUGCAUUAAUUGUACAAUCAAGAGAAUAAACCAUCAUUUGAU